AUGGUGACGUGGGGGAGGGAGGAGGGGGGAGUCGGAUUCCUGGUCAAGGAACACUUGUUUGACGUGGUGGAAGUAGUGGUGUGGAAAAACAAGUAUACGCCAAGUAGAUGGAGGGAAGGACUGGUUGUGAACUUGUUUGAGGAAGGAGACGAGACUGACCCAGGAAACUACAGGGGGAUCACACUGUUGAACACAGUAGGAAAAGUGUUCUGUAAGCUGCUGAACGAUAGGAUAGUGGGAGUAUUGGAGAAGGAACAUAGCAUUAGUGAGGGCCAGGCAGGUUUCCGCAAGAAGAGGGGGUGCGUAGACCACGUGUUCACGGUAGGGAGAAUCAUCCAAGGUAGAAAGAGGGCGGGAAAGCCGACGUACUGCUUCUUCCUGGACGUGAAAAAGGCAUACAUACGACACCGUAUGGAAAAAUGGGCUGUGAAACAACUGUCCAAAUACGGGAUCAAGGGGAAAAUGUGGAAAGUGUUGAAGAAGAUGACAGAGUGUACGAAAAGCGCGGUCAUGCUAGACGGAGAACUGUCAAAAUUCUUCGACAUUGAGCAGGGGGUCCCACAAGGUUGCACGCUGUCCCCAACAUUGUUCCAGGUGUUCCUCAACGAUCUGUGGGAAGUCGUAGAGGCAGUCCGGAAGGGCGUAGAAGUAGGGGACACGGAAACGUCGGUUUCAGGAAUGCUGUUUGCGGAUGAUUUUGUCGGUAUGUCGGACACCCCUGAGGGACUGCAACUGCAAAUUGACGCGGCGAAGAAGUUUACUGAUAAGUGGAGAUUGUCUGCCAACGUUCAGAAGAGUGCCGUCAUGGUAUGCAACGAGAACAAGGAGGAACCAGUAGAACAUAGAUGGAAGUGGGGGAUCGAGGAGAUUGCAGUAGUGGACCAGUACACAUACCUCGGAGUAGAGAUCGCAAAAGACUGCUCGUGGAAUGCACACAUGUCCAAGGUACCGGAAAAGGGCAAAGCAUGAGCAGGGAAGCUGCACCCAAUACUCGCAAACCGGCACCUCGAUACACGCAUCAAAUUGACGGUUUUUUAAGAGCGUAAUCGUACCGCCGCUAGAGUACGCCGGAGAAGUAUGGGAAGGAAAUAAGGAGGUUGUGAAAGAACUCGAGGCGGCGCAGAUGAAGACAGCGAAAAUCAUCCUAGGAUGCUCCAGGCGCACCAAGUAAUGCAGCCGUCGGGGCAGAAUUGGGGAUCCAAUCCCUACGGUCGGGAAGAGA